AGUGCUUCGAAUAGGUCGUACUUACUACAACUCGAAGAGAUCAAGAAACACAAAGUGAUUUUUCGGACUCUAUAUAAUUGUGCGUUUAGUUUAAACUAUCAAUCAGUGAAGUUAUUCAUGAUGAGCAUGUCGCAGCAGCAGAACCAAGUGAUGGGCUCCGAAGAAGUUAGGCCUAGGGCCGUCUACACCAUAGAUCAGAUCCUGGGUGUUUCGAAUUCCCCGCCACAACGGAAGAACAGCCAAGAAGCUGAUUCAAAAUUAGAUCCGGUUAGCAGUGAGGGUGAAUUGGAGGGUGGUGAUAAUAUGCUUGGGGAAACUAGGCCAAGGAAGAUCAGAAGAUCCAGGACCACCUUCACGACAUUCCAGCUCCAUCAGCUGGAGAGAGCUUUCGAGAAGACCCAGUAUCCUGACGUUUUCACUCGUGAAGAGCUUGCGAUGCGUUUGGAUCUGAGCGAAGCCAGAGUUCAGGUUUGGUUCCAAAACCGUCGCGCCAAGUGGAGGAAGCGCGAGAAAUCCGGUGGUCGCGAUCCAGGAUCUUACAUGCAUCCAUCCGAGCAGCAGGUCCUGCCGGAAUACGCCAUACAUCCGCAUCUCGCGUUGCCACCGAACGAGCACUUCUGGUCGGGUCUUCCGUUCCCAGCGCCCAUCUUCAACCCGGCCAUCGGUUUGCCGUGGGCAGCCAAACCCCAUCACCUUCAUCUACCCUUCCAAGCGCUCAUCUCUCAGUACGUUCUCGCAGGGGGAAUCCCCCAAAUGCCAACGCCGCCUGAAGAUCGUUCGAGGAGCGCCAGCCCUGAAGACUCACCAAUCAGGUUGCAAGCUUCACAUGUCCAUUCACCGCAGACUUCACCCCAUCUACGUCCUUAAAAACACAUACACGUAUCAGAAAACACACGUCACCGAUAAUAAAUUACAUGUAUUAUAUAACCCAAUUAAUGUGCAAUCCUCAGUCAACUCAUAAACGAAUAAAUUGUAUUUUUUUUUGUUCGCGACGUGUGACAGCGUUGGAAGCGAAAUGUAAAAAAAUAAUUAUGUGUUUUAAUUACAUAUAUAUAUAUAUAGAUUACUAAUUUAU